UUCGUCUUCCCCGCGCCGCGAGUUACGUCACUCUGAGAGCAAACCGCGUGCUGCUUGCACACCAAUUAGCCGAACAUGCUCCUUUGACAGAACUCGCGGCCGCUGCAAUGUGAUUCUUUUCGAAUGAGUUUCGAGUAUGCAUCCCGAAACCCAUUGCGGACGGAUGCCUAAACACAAAUGGCACCAACUAUGGUGUAACCUAGCUUUACAGUCCCGGCGUGCGGACACCCUGCGACUCUAAUGCAGAAGAAUGGCCACAACUCGAAUCCUCUGCGGACUUAUUACAGUGGAAACCUUGCUUUACACAGUUGCGUCGGGUUUUCACAUCGACUCCAAACACCAGUUUGAUUUGAUUGAUGGACUUCGUAUUUAUAACAAAAGCUACAGUGGCCUGACUAUAGUCGAAGGUUUGCAUCGUCUUUCUCCAGCUAUUUUGUUAGAAGGUGACUCUAGGCAAAUCCAGUUGCCUGCAGAGAUGUUAGAAACAAUAUCAAAGCAUUUAGCUGAAACGAACGAAUUUAGUUUUAUGGCAACUCUUAAGCAAGAAGGAAAAAAUACGGGGACAAUUAUAUCGUUCUCUGAAGGAAAUGACAGGUUUUUGGAGCUUCAAAGCAGCGGUCGAAAAGAUGAAGUUCGUCUCCAUUAUACUCAUACGAAUUCUACUUUUGUUGAAACAUUCCCGUAUCAUUUGACUGAUAAAAACUGGCAUCAAGUUGCAAUAAGUGUUAGUGGCAAUACGGUGAAUCUGUACGUUGAUUGCAAUCGUAUUUAUAGAAGGAUUAUUAAUGGCAUUGACUACAAUUUCACUGGGCGAAAUAUUUCCUUAUGGCUGGGACAAAGAAAUGCACAUCAUUUUAUGUACAAGGGUUAUUUACAAGAUGUCAAAAUUGCAACUGAAGCCCAUGGUUAUAUAUUACAAUGUCCAAAUUUAGAUACAGAUUGUCCCACUUGUGGUCAAUUCCAACAGUUACAAAAGUCUGUUCAACAGCUUGAAAACCAUAUAAAACUGCUAACAGAACGGUUAGCCCACGCUGAGCAUCACAUCUCUUCAUUACAGCAAUGUGAAUGUGAAAAAAAUUGUAUUGUUAAUGGUUCGACACAUCCUGAUGGCUCAACUUGGAAACAUGGAUGUGACAUAUGUUCCUGUGUUCAUGGUGAAAUCAAGUGCUUGCCAGUGUCCUGUUCAUCAGUACAGUGCAAAAAUCCUGUGCAUGUUCCUGGAGAAUGUUGUCCAGUUUGUCUCAAGAAGUGCCUGUUUGAAAAUGUUUUAUAUGACCAUGGUGAGAUUACAAGUCCAAUUAAGUGUGCCACUUGUGAAUGCAUUAAUGGCAGCAUGCAUUGUCGUCGAAUUGAUCCAGAAACUAGUUGUCCAAAACUUGCAUGUCCAAAAGAGGAACAGUUUAGCACCCCUGAUGAAUGCUGUAACUUUUGUCCAGGUGUUGAUUAUUGCGGGAAAGGUCAUGACUGUCAUUAUAAUGCAUCAUGCAUGAAUCUGAAUACUCAUUACAAAUGUCAGUGUAACAGAGGAUUUCAAGGAGAUGGAAAAGAUUGUGAAGACAUUAAUGAGUGUGAAAGAGAAGGUGGACAUGAUGGACAUCAUUGUCGUGAUAAUACUAAAUGUGUAAACCUUCCUGGAGAUUAUGUGUGUGAAUGCCUUUCUGGAUAUGAAAGAGCUGAUAAGUACAAUUGUAUUGAGAUUGAUGAAUGCAGAACAGGAGACCAUGAUUGCCAUGAAAAUGCACUUUGUAUAAAUACUCUUGGUAGCUUCACGUGCAAGUGUCCUGAUGGAUAUGAUGGUGAUGGCAAGAAUUGUCAACCCGUAUGUUCCAUUCCUUGUCUCAAUGGCGGUCAGUGUGUUGCGCCCAAUACGUGUUCUUGCUUGCAUGGUUAUACUGGUAUGAAUUGUGAAACAGAUGUGGAUGAAUGUUCCCUUGGUCUUCAUAUGUGUCAUCCAAACUCGCUAUGUGUAAAUAUGCCUGGUUGGUAUUAUUGCCAAUGUAGGCCAGGCUAUGAAAGUCAUCCAGAAGACAAAUUCCGAGCUUUCUGUCAAGACAUAGAUGAAUGUCUGAUUGGCAGCCAUACAUGUGAUUUAUCUGCAUUAUGUGUUAAUGAUGAAGGUAGCUAUCACUGUGAAUGCUUAGAAAAUAGUUCCUGUUCUUUAAAUUGCCUAUAUUUUGGUGAAGAACGUUUGAGUGGAGAAAUUUGGUCUAGUGAAUCUUGCACUAAAUGUCGUUGCACGAACGGUGUUGUAUCUUGUCAACCUGUCGAGUGUGACUGUACAAAGCGAAAUGUUAAUUUUGAAUGUUGUCCUCAUUGUGAUCAUUCAUCAGUAUGUCAACAUCAAGAUGCCUCAAAAUCAUUUCACAAUGGUGAUCAGUGGAUUUACCAGUGCCAAACUUGUGAAUGUUUGCAUGGGGAAAUUGACUGCUGGGAUCUGGAAUGUCCACCAGCAAAUUGCGAAAAUCCUGUACAGAAGCCUAAUGAUUGUUGCCUUCGAUGUGACAAUGACCCUUGCUCUCUUCCAUAUAAUACAACUCACAGUCAACAUAAAGGAUGUGCUUACAACGGUAUUUUCUAUAAACCUGGAGAAAAAGUUCCACUUGUUCAAGAUCCAUGUUCUUCAUGUCAUUGUCAAGAUGGAUUUCUUUGCUGCAAAUACAGCAGUAGUUGUAAUGUCAGUGAUAAUAUGCUUGAUUCUGGACUGCUGCUACGAGAUGAAUCAACUGUUUAUAAUGAUAUUGUGUUUCCUGGUAACAUCUCUGAGAACUAUGAGGUUGAUCAGAAUACAACUUUUAAUCAUUCCAAUCGCUUUAUCGACAUUUCUUCCAACUCGACUAAAAUGGGCAAAGGAUUGUUAUCUACUCUUCUUAAGGACUUCAGACCUACAAGUAAAGAACAAAAAAGAAUUAAAAGAAAUGGACAUUCUUUAAAAGAGAAAGUAACUCCUAUAUUUGGUAACAUGAAGCUUAUUGCGGCAUUAUAAACGGUGCUUUUACCAAAGGUGCUAGUGUUCUAAGCUCAUCGUCGGAUCGAAACAACAUAACCGGUCUUUCACUUCACAUUUUGAGCUGUGAAUUGAUGUUCCUUCUGCCUGAUUAAUAUUGGCUGCAGUUCAUGAAGUUCUUGGUUGCUGCAAAUGGUUAGGCAGAUGAGUUUCUGGUAUAAUCGCAAUAAUAUAAAAUAUAUAUUGAUUUGGAUUGAAAAAUCGUCUGCAGGGCAGAUGAUAUGAUUUUGACUGGAUGAAUUAAUGCAUAAAAAUUGUCUUUUGGCAGUAUCUAAAAGCCUACAACUUUUUAGAUAUUGUCAGAUUACAAUCAUGCUUCAAUUGGAGAUACAAUCAACAUGUUUUUGAUACUUCUACAGAUGUACGUUUUCUUUCAGGGAGUUUUUACAUGCUUACCGUCUGGCACAUAUGCAAAAGUUUUAUUAAAUGAUCAUUUGUACAUAGAACGUUGAUUGCUUGCUCCAUGCAAUUUGUUAUGUCCUUAAUUUAUUUCCAAUGUAAAUUAAAAUGUAUUAUAAAACGUGUUAAGUGAUAAGACUCUGUAACAUAGCUACAGGUUGUGCACAUAGUAUGUUAUGUACAGGGACCUAGUCCAUAAACAGGUGUGCCUCUUAGGCUAUUGCGAAUUUUUCCAGGAGUGGUCUUUGAGCCUCCACGCCCAUUAAAGUCAGGAGCUGGACUCUUGAAUAUAUUUUUCUUUGUUUAUGUGUAAACAUCCGACACAACCUAAACAGGGUUUGGGACUGUUAUUUCUUUGUGUUGACAUUAGGUUGACUAGUCAUUUUGUGACCGAAAUGUUGUUGCAACUCUUUGUAUUCUACUAGUAACAAUGUGGCAAACAAAAAUAAUAAAAACAGUUCAGAAUGUAAGGCAUGGUGAAAAAUAUUUAAUAAUGGUUCAUGCAACAAAUUUAGUCAUCAAUUGUUGAUUUACAUUCCACUACAUUAUAUAAAUGAGCUCCUAUAAGUAAUUGCAUAAGUAUUAUAUUUACUGGAGUUCAUUGGUAGCUGCUGUUCCUAAUACUUGAUGUUUAUGCGUUGACAUUCCAAAUAUUUGCUCUCAACAUAGAGUGAACUGAAUGACAGUCCUGUAUGCUUUUCUAUAGAUAAUUGCAAUAUAUAGUUGGUAAUUAGAUACAAAGUUCUAUAUCACUCAAAGUAGAUGUUUUAAAGAAUUAGAUUAAAAAUAUAACUUUACUAUUGCUUUUAACAAGAUAAAGCCUUUGCAUUAAGUCUUCCUUUUAAAAGGAUGUUACACUUUCAAAUAUAGAAUAGUUCAAUUUGAUGUCUUGAGUGUUUUAUUAAUAAAAUGUUUAUUUUACUUGUUUUAUUCAUAAAGUAUAAAUUUUUAGGCCCUCAUUCUCUAAUAUGUGGCAUAUUUGCACUUGUAUCUGCUAUAUGCAUUUGCAAUAGAGUUAUUUCAGAGCUUUAGUCUGCUGAAUAGUAUUCUUAAAAAUAUUUUAGUAAAAUAAUGCUAUUGUUAGUGUUAGCUAGCACUUGCAGAGCUACUUUUUAAGAGCUUCUACAAUCAAUUUAAACAUUUCUUUGUGGUUUUGCAUAACAUAUUUUCACUCUUUUUAAAGCAUAGCUGAUUUCUGGGAGGAUCGGUUUAUAAAUAUAUAAUUGUGGUUUUUUAAAAUGCAUGUGGCAAUAUGAGGGUUAAAGUCCGUCUUAUUUGUGAAACUAUACUUUAUUAACCUUUUGAAAUCCAAAUUAUUUUUUCAAAAUGUAUCGUUUCAGUAGGUUUCUGUAAAAUAAAUAGAGCUUCAUAUUUAACUUCUUUCUAUUAGAAUUAAAGGUGAUUACAAGGUAUUUGAUACCUACUUAUCAUUUGAGUUUUCAUUAUACACUAUCAACUUUAAAACUACUGUUUGUUCUGUUAUUUGUGCAUAACAUCAGUUGAAUAGUCUAGUUGUUUCUAGUGUAUAGUUUUCAUUCACUCAAAUUAUCUAAGAACUUUGAAGUCAGAUUUAUCAGUGCGCAUAUAUUCGAUAAAUUGCUUUGAAACUAGAAUAUAUACAAUGGUGAAUCUACACAGCAGUCAUCUAUGCAAAUCUAUUAUGAAAAUAUACCUGCCUGUGAAAUAUUUUAGUUAUACUAUGAAUUUUAUAUGAAAAUAGUAACCAUCUUUUUAUUUACUUGAUUAGAUAAAAAAAAAUUGUGUGAAUUAUUUUUAUAACAUUAGAUAUGUAAAGCUCUACUGUGUGUAUGAAAAAUCAUGCAAGUAUGAAUUAUAUUUAUGAAAGAGAAUCAGUGACACUUCUCAUUCUGAUAGACUAGUCUAUUUGUGAAUAGUCAAUAUAAUGUUGUACUUAAUAUAUUUUACCGGAGAUGAAAGCUUAUUAUUGCUAUUUAUAUAGUCCAUGUGUGCUUUUAUCACAUUGUUACAAUCAUUAAUGGGUAACACAUUUUUUCCUAAAAAAAAUCAACUGCUAACUGUACUAAUAAUUUAAAAUUGUUGCUUGGUGUAAAUAAAAGUUGUUUCUUUUUACA